ACUCCAGAUUCAAUCACUCAAUCAAUCUCCUGCGAUUUUGCGAUUGUCUGUGCGAACUGCCUCCAGACUCCAAAACAGAACAUCUGUAGCAUGUGAGCGACUGUUGAAAUCAGAGUUUAGAUCUCGUCGCUUUAGGCGUUUAGCUCGAUUAAUCGUACUUGCUGUUCCUCUCCGCUAUCAGCUGCUGGCUUCGGGCCCCCUUUCUGCUCUCGCUCCUGAUCUCUCUGCUCCCGAUUACCCUCUAUUCUUAGCUUGGCCAGCUGUUUUUGACCCAGCUCUCUAGUAGUCCACUUCCUGACCGGAUUGAUCAUAAUGGGAGAUCUAGCAGCUGAAAAGCAUGCCAAGUACAUCUUAUUGGUGGAAAAGAGGAAAGAUGAUGUUGAGUCUGUUCUAAUGGAGCAUCUCCGAAUUAACGGUGCAUAUUGGGGAUUAACCACACUUGACAUCCUAGGAAAGCUUGAAGCUGUGGAACAAGAAAAGGUUGUUCCGUGGGUUAUGAGUUGCCAACACCAAUCUGGUGGUUUUGGUGGUAAUGAAGGGCAUGAUCCACAUUUACUCUACACCCUUAGUGCGAUCCAAAUUUUGGCACUAUUUGACAAGAUAGAAGUACUCGAUAUCGAUAAAGUGUCGAGCUACAUAGCUAGCCUACAAAACGAAGAUGGUUCCUUUUCAGGAGACAUAUGGGGCGAAAUAGAUACUAGAUUCUCAUAUGUCGCCAUAUGUUCUCUUGCACUACUACAUCGUUUGGAUAGAAUCAAUGUAGAAAAGGCAGUAAAAUACAUUAUAAGUUGCAAGAAUCUUGAUGGCGGGUUUGGGUGCACACCUGGUGCUGAAUCUCACGCGGGUCAAAUUUUUUGUUGCAUAGGGGCACUUGCAAUAAUGGGUUCUUUACAUUAUGUCGAUAAGGAUCUUUUAGGUUGGUGGUUGUGUGAAAGGCAAGUUAAAUCCGGAGGCCUAAACGGGCGCCCUGAGAAGCUUCCGGAUGUCUGCUAUUCUUGGUGGGUGCUAUCUAGCUUGAUAAUGAUCGAUAGAGUUCAUUGGAUCGACAAAGAAAAGCUUGUUAAGUUUAUCUUGGACUGUCAGGAUAUUGAGAAGGGAGGAAUUUCAGAUAGGCCAGACGAUGCUGUUGAUGUUUUCCACACGUAUUUUGGAGUUGCAGGUCUUUCGCUUCUUGAGUAUCCAGGAUUAAAGGCCAUUGAUCCCGCUUAUGCACUGCCUGUGGAUGUCGUCAACAGAAUUUUUCUCCGGUGAUCUUUUUUCUUUAUUUGUUAAAAGACGAAAUGUUUAUAGUUCUUACUUCAGACAGAUCUUAUUUCUAUCAUUACUGCUAGUAACAAGCAUUAGACUUCGUUUAUAUUGAUCCUAUACUAUAUUUGGCAAGUCGGGCGGCGCUUUUGGGAA